CGCUUCUCCUCCGCCACUGCAACGACGACGGAGAAGGCUCGCUCGCUUCUUGCUUGCUUGCUUGCUUCUUUGUGUGCAUUGCUGUAGAGUGGACUGAAGUUCAGAGACAAGAGGAGAAGUAGAGGAGGAAGAGGAAGCGUGUUGGGAACGAGAGACGGCACUCCGCAGGCGCAGCAGCAGCAGCAGCAGCAGCGCGAUGAGUGCGGAGGAGCUGAACGGCACGGAUCAUGUUGCCGAGGUCAUUGAUACCAAAGAGAUUGUGGACUAUCUUCGCGAUGUUGUGCCACUUCUACUUGGUGGCGGCGAAGCCAGCCUCGCUGACACGCUGGCAGAGGCAGAGCCACUCCUCACCAGCUUUGCCGCCGAUCCAAACAAGCGAGCGCUCAUGGUCCACCGAAACACAGGCAAAAGUGACCAAGACGACCAACAAGAGAUCAUCAUCACGGAUGAGAUCAAGAGCUUAGGUGCAAGCUACGCAGCAUGUGCCUUUGUGAAGAAGAAUCCCAAAGACCCGCUCGCGCCCAACGAUCUGGCGCUGCAGCUGCACUGUGUUGUCUUCUCUGACGGCAAGCCGUUUGGGAUGCUGCAUGCGCUGGUGCAGCAAUACGUACAACCAUUCUUCAACAGCCUGGCAAAAGGGUCCGGUGCUGCCGACAAGGAGAGCAUCAAGCCUGCGAGCAAGGCCAUCAACGAGCUGGAAACACUCCUCUCGCAUCUGCAGCAGGAUACAGACAUUCCCCAGAUUGAGAUUGUGCCUGAGAAGGCCAUCGCCGCCGCGGUCUCCGAGGCGCGAAAGGCCGGUCGCAGCCCGACGCUUGCUGACAUGGGGGACUUGGUGCACGACGACGCGUACGUCAAGUCGCUUGAGCGGGUGGUGCUGCGCUGGAUCAAGGACAUUCAGCAGGUCACCCGCCUCGAACGCGACCUCUCCACAGGCAGCGCGCGCCAGGAAAUCAGGUUCUGGCUGUCGAUGGAGCGCGCACUGUCGCAGCUAAAGGUGCGGCUGGCCGAGGACGACGUGACGCUGACGCUGGCAGUGCUGCGGGAGGCCAAGCGACUGACCAUCCUCAAGAGCUUUGAGACAGACACCAACCUGUCCAUGUACGACACCGUGCUGGACUACAACACGCUGAUGAAGGACUUCCCGAUCAACGCCAUCCUCAUUGCCACGGACAUCAAGAAGCUUGUGGAGGCCAUGCUGGAGGUGUUCCAGCACAUGAAGAAGGUGAAGCACACGCGGUACCCGCGCGAGCGGUUUAUUGAGCUCAUCAAGGCCAUCUCCCGCGACGUCAACAGCCAGCUGCUCAAGAUCCUCUCCAAGAAGAAGCUCAUGCACAUGCCCAUCCCCGAGUUUGAGAACCUGUACAACCAGUGCAACCAGCUCUUCCGCGAGUGGAACGACAAGUCCGACUUCCGCACCAUCAUCCAGGAGCUGCGCAGCACCCAGCGCGGCGGGCGGGCCACUGCUCGGCGUGUGGUCCCCGAGCACAAGGCCCUGCAGGAGCGGCUUGCCCUCGUGCACGACUUUCGGCUGCGCCAUGACGACCUCAAACAGCGCAUCUCCGUGGUGCUGAAGCAGCGCGGGAUUGAGCCCGACGCGGACGAGGACAACGCGCUGGCCGAGGUGGAGAACGCGUACGACGAGAUGCGCAGCGUGGACGUGCUUGACCUGGAGGAGGAGGGCCAGCGGGCGUGGGACCGCGCCUGCGAGAGCUAUGAGGCGCGCGUGAACCAGGUGGAGGACACCAUCAUCAAGCACCUGUGCCACGAGCUUGACCAUGCAGCCAAGUCGUCGGACAUGUUCCGCAUCUUCCGCCACUACUACGCGCUGCUGGACCGCCCGCGCAUCCGCAACGCCGUGCGCUCGUACCAGAAGCAGCUCAUGUCCAACGUCAAGGACGACAUUAUCGAGCUGCACAAGAAGUUCAAGAUGCAGUACCACAACAGCAACAACAGCCACAUGAGCGCGGCCCGCGACAUCCCGCCCACCUCUGGGCAGAUCAUCUGGAUGGCGCAGAUUGAGCGGCAGCUCGACGACUACCUGGAGCGCGUCGGGCACGUGCUCGGGCCCAACUGGAUGAAGCACGUGGACGGGCGCGAGCUGAAGGAGCGCGGCGAGACGUUCAAGGAGAAGCUGCGCCAGGCCAACCCGUACGACCUCUGGCUGCAGGAGAUUGAGACGCAGGACAUCACGUUCAAGAACACCAUCUUCGACAUUGAGCUGUUCCGCGGCGAGAAGACGCGCCUGGAGAUGUUUGUCAACUUCCACGAGCGCCUCAUCACCAUGGCCAAGGAGGUGCGCAUCAUGGGCUGGCUCAAGAACGUGCCCCGCGUGCCCAAGCUCGCCGUCGUCAAGGCCAAGAAGGCCAACAUGCUGUACCCGUAUGUCAUCUCCCUCAAGAACAGCAUCAAGACGUACUCCAUCGCCAUGAACCAGCUGGACGACAGGCCGCACCUCACCCCGCUCGUUGCGCGCUGGUACAACCGCGUGCACGACCAGAUUGCCUACGGCAUGGACCUCACCUGGGAGAGCCCCUUGGAGGCGUAUGCGUACGAGCUCUCACGAAACGUCACCGAGCUGCACCGCCGCGUGCAGGCGCUCUUUGGCUAUGACGACCGCAUCAAGAAGAUGCUCACCUCCCUCACCACCUGCGACUACAGCAACAAGAAAUUCCAAGAUUUGAUCAAGCGUGGGCAGGACGUGUUGAACAAGAUGAAGGCCGAGAAGUACGUCAACCUGCAGCAGUGGUGUGAUGACCUGAAUGCGCAGGUGGAGCAGAAGCUCGCGGCACGCCUGCACCACGCGCUCGUAGCGUGGACCAAGGCGCUCGCCCACGCCUCUCGUGCAGCGGAGAGCUGGGACGCGGACGUGGAGGACGACGAGGACCUGCCCGAGAUUGCACGCGCCAAGCACGAGCUGCAGAUUCGCAACCAGGUGAUCAUGCUCACCCCACCGGUGGAGAGCGCACGCCAGGCUUUGGUGCAGCAGCUGCAGGUGCACCUGUCCGUGGUCACCAGCCUCGCCCGCCUGCACACGGACCCGCUUGACACGGCCAACGCCACCAAGUCUGUGGCCAAGUACGGCAAUCUGCUGGCCAAGCUGCCCAACGACGGCGCCGACCUGGUGCAGGCGCACCGGCUGAUUGACGUGGAGACGGGCAAGGUUGACGCGUACGUGGGCGAGUGGCUGCAGUACCAGUCGCUGUGGGACCUGCAGAUGGAGAACGUGUUUGCCUCCCUCGGUGACGACCUCAUGGCGUGGCAGCAGCUGCUCACGGAGAUCAAGCGCGCGCGCCGCCACUUUGACACGUCCGAGACGAGCAAGGCGCUGGCGGCGGUGGACAUUGAGUACAGCCAGGUGCAGACGCGCGUGGCCAUGAAGUACGACGCCAUCCACCGCGAGAUUAUCGGCCACUUUGCCACGUCCAUGGCCGACCACAUGUCCCGCUUCUACAACGAGGUGCACGGCCUGCGGGAGAAGCUGGAGGCCAUGUCGCUGGAGGCUGCCAAGACAUCCGACAGCAUCACCUACAUUGGCGUCAUCCAGGGCGCCAAGAAGCGCGUCAAGCCGCUCACCGCCCAGUUUGAGUGCUUCGUCUCUGGCGAGAAGCUGCUGGAGCGGCAGCGGUUCCCCUUCCCCAGCGACUGGCUGCGCGUGCAGCAGCUCGAGGGCGAGUGGGAGGCGUUCCUGAGCAUCCUGGAGCGCAGGCACACGGCCAUUGCGGGCCAGGUGACCAGCCUGCAGAUGCGCGUCGUCUCCGAGGAGCGGCAGAUUGAGGCGCAGAUUGCGGAGCUGGUGGCGGACUGGGACAAGAACAAGCCCAUGGGCGGCGACGUCAACCCGGCCGAGGCCGUCAACGUGCUCAACAUCUUCCAGGGCAGGUUCACCCGCCUCAGGGACGAGUACGAGAACCUGGUGCGCGCCAAGACGGCGCUCGACCUGGACAUCAAGGAGGACACGCGGCUGCCCUCGCGCAUGGAGGAGCUGAUGGAGCUCAAGGGCUCCUGGCACGACCUGUCGCGCGUCGUGGAGCACAUGUCCGACCUCAAGGCCACGGAGUGGGGCGCCGUCGUGCCCACCAAGCUGCGCAGCCAGCUCAACGGCAUCGUGGACGAGCUCAAGCGCAUGCCCGCGCGCGUCAAGUCGUACGAGGCCUACGAGUACCUGCUGCAGCAGGCGCGCUCCUACAUCAAGGUCAACGAGACCAUCAGCGUGCUGCGCGGCGACACGCUCACCAGCCGCCACUGGAAGAUGCUCACCUCGGAGCUGGGCGUGUCGUGGGACAUGGUCACGCUCACGCUGGGCCAGGUGUGGGCGGUGGACCUGGAGCGCAACGCAGAGGCCAUCAACCGCGUCGUGCUGCAGGCGCAGGGCGAGAAGGCGCUGGAGGUGUUCCUGAAGCAGAUCAAGGAGGCCUGGCAGGCGUACGAGCUGGAGAUGGUCAACUACCAGAACAAAACCAAGCUCAUCAAGGGCUGGGACGACCUCUUCACGCUGGCCAAGGACCACAUCAACAACCUGGCGCAGAUGAAGCUGUCCCCUUACUACAAGGUGUUUGAGGAGGAGGCCCUGGCCUGGGAAAACCGCCUCAACACCCUGUACACCCUCUUCUACGACGUGUGGAUCGACGUGCAGCGCCAGUGGGUGUACCUGGAGGGCAUCUUCACCGGCAGCGCUGACCUCAAGGUCCUCCUGCCCACGGAGACAAACAAGUUUAUGGGCCUGAGCAACGAGUUUGUGGCGCUGAUGCGCAAGGUGUCCAAGAACCCGAUGGUGCUGGAGGUGCUCAACAUCCCCAACCUCGAGCGCACGCUGCACCACUUCAAGGACGUCCUGGACAAGAUCCAGAAGGCGCUGAGCAAGUACCUGGAGCAGGAGCGCGCGUCGUUCCCGCGCUUCUACUUUGUGGGCGACGAGGACCUGCUUGACAUUAUCGGCAACGGCAAGAACGUGGACCGCAUCCAGAAGCACUUCCGCAAGAUGUUCGCGGGCCUGAACAGCGUCGAGCUGACGGAGCAGGGCGACGCCGCAAAGGCGCUGCUCUCGCGCGAGGGCGAGGUGGUCCCCUUCACCAACAACGUGCAGGUGAAGGACAGGAAGAUCAACGCCUGGCUCACCGCGCUGGAGGAGGAGAUGAAGGUGGCGCUGGCCUCGCUGCUCAACCGCUCCACCACGCAGAUCAAGCACCUGGCCACCUCCUUUGAGCUCUCCUCCUACCUCAAGUGGCUCGACGCCUUCCAGGCGCAGAUUGUCGUGCUCAGCGCGCAGGUGGCGUGGUCCGAGAGCGUGCAGCAGGCGCUCGUCUCGGGCGGCGGCAAGCAGGGCUUGAAGGAGCAACUGGACGCCGUCAUCACCACCCUCAACGCCCUGGCCGACACGGUGCUGCAGCACCAGCCGCCCAUCCGCCGCAAGAAGCUGGAGCAGAUGAUCACGGAGCUCGUGCACAAGCGCGACCUCACCCGCGGCCUCAUUGACGAGCGCGUGGCGGCCGUCACCGACUUUAGGUGGUUGCAGAACAUGCGCUUUGAGUUUGACGCGUACAACACGGACGUGCUGCAGCAGCUGUCCAUCAAGAUGGCGGACGUGAGCCUCUUCUACGGGUUUGAGUACCUGGGGCUCGUGGACAAGCUUGUGCAGACGCCGCUCACGGACCGCUGCUUCCUCACCAUGACACAGGCCCUCGCUGCCCGGCAGGGCGGCAGCCCCUUUGGCCCCGCAGGCACGGGCAAGACGGAGUCUGUCAAGGCGCUUGGCGCGCAGCUGGGCCGCUUCGUGCUGGUGUUCAACUGCGACGAGACGUUUGACAACCACGCCAUGGGCCGCAUCUUCGUGGGCCUGUGCCAGGUGGGCGCGUGGGGCUGCUUUGACGAGUUCAACCGCCUGGAGGAGAGCAUGCUCUCGGCGGUGUCGCAGCAGAUUGAGAGCAUCCAGCUGGCCAUCAAGGCCGGCGGCAUGCUGGAGGGCGAGGCCGCCCGCCAGGCCAUGACCGUGUCGCUUCAAGGCCGCACCGUGUCCGUGAACCCGAGCAUGGCCAUCUUCAUCACCAUGAACCCGGGCUACGCGGGCCGCUCCCCGCUACCGGACAACCUCAAGAAGCUCUUCCGCAACCUGGCCAUGACCAAGCCGGACAGGCAGCUGAUUGCCCAGGUUAUGCUCUUCUCGCAGGGGUUCCGCACCGCGGAGCAGCUCUCGCGCAAGGUCGUACCCCUGUUCAUCCUGUGCCAGGAGCAGCUCUCCGCGCAGUCGCACUACGACUUUGGCCUGCGCUCCCUCAAGGCCGUGCUCGUCAGCGCGGGCAACAUCAAGCGCGAGCGCCUGGCCGCGCUGCGCCAGAAGAUGCGGGAGGAGCGCGGCAGCGUGGAUGAGGAGGAAGUGGCCUCCGCCAUUGACGAGCAGGAGGUGGUAAUUCAGAGCAUCACCCAGACCAUGAUCCCCAAGCUGGUGGCCCAGGACAUCCCCUUGCUGGACAGCCUGCUGACCGACGUGUUCCCCGGGGUGCAGCGGCCCGAAAUUCCGCUGGCCGAACUGGAGGCCAAGAUCCUGGAGGUGUGCGAGGAGCAGCACUACGUGCCCUCGAAGACGUGGCUCAACAAGGUGCUGCAGGUGUACCAGGUGACGCAGCUCAACCACGGGCUGAUGCUGGUCGGCCCCUCUGGCGUCGGCAAGUCGGUUGCCUGGCGCGUGCUGCUGGAGGCCCUGCGGCGCCUGGAGCAGAGGGAGGCCGAGGAGUACGUGAUUGACCCCAAGGCCAUCACCAAGGAGGAGCUGUACGGCUUCCUCGACCCGACCACGCGCGAGUGGACAGACGGCCUGUUCACCUCCAUCGUGCGCAAGGUGAUUGACGACGUGCGUGGCGAGCGCAAUCGGCGCCAGUGGAUCAUCUUUGACGGCGACGUGGACCCGGAGUGGGUGGAGAACCUGAACAGCGUGCUGGACGACAACAAGCUGCUGACGCUGCCCAACGGCGAGCGGCUCAACCUGCCCAGCAACAUCCGCAUCCUGUUUGAGGUGCAGGACCUGAAGAACGCCACGCUGGCCACCGUCUCGCGCUGCGGCAUGAUCUGGUUCAGCGAGGACGUGCUCACGCUGCAGGUGCACUACAAGCGCUUCCUGCGGCUCCUGCGCAACGUGCCCGUGGACAGCGACAUGAGCCAGACGCAGGCAGACAAGGCCGAGGGCCUGGCUGCGCAGCGCAAGGUGGCCGACACGCUGGAGCCCUUCUUUGAGGAGGACGGCCUGGUCACGCGCUCCCUGCAGUACGCCAGGUCGCUGUUCCACGUGAUGGACUACACGGACGGCCGCUGCAUCAACGCACUCUUCAGCAUGCUCAACCAGACGGCGCGCUCCAUCACGGAGUACAACGCCACACACCCGGACUUCCAGCUCACGGAGGACCAGGUGAAGGAGUACACGAGCAAGCGCUUCAUGUACUCGCUCAUGUGGUGCCUCGUCGGCGACUCGCGCGGGGACGUGCGCACGGAGCUGAGCCGCUUCCUGACGGAGAGCACCACCGUGGAGCUGCCGCCCGUGGAGCAGGGCGCCAUCAUCGACUUCAAGGUCACCCUGCCGGACGCGCAGUGGCAGCCGUGGACCCACGACGUCCCGCGCAUCGAGAUUGAGGCGGAGAAGGUGUCCGGCACCAGCGUCGUCGUGCCCACCCUGGAUACGGUGCGCCACGAGGACCUGCUGUACACGUGGCUGAGCGAGCACCUGCCCAUUGUGCUUUGUGGCCCGCCGGGCUCCGGCAAGACCAUGACGCUGUUCAGCGCCCUGCGCGCACUGCCGCACUUUGAGGUGGCCGGCCUCAACUUCAGCAGCAGCACGACGCCCGAGCUGAUUAUGAAGACGUUUGACCAGUACUGCGAGUACCGCACAACGCCCAACGGCCUGGUGCUCGCGCCCGCGCAGCUCAACAAGUGGCUGGUCAUCUUCAUGGACGAGUGCAACCUGCCCGCACCCGACAAGUACAACACGGUGCGCGUGAUCACGUUCAUCCGCCAGCUGGUGGAGCACGGCGGGUUCUGGCGCACGGAGGACCGGCGCUGGGUCAAGCUGGAGCGCAUCCAGUUUGUUGGCGCGUGCAACCCGCCGACGGACCCUGGCCGCGUGCCGCUCGCCCACCGCUUUCUGCGCCACGUGCCCGUGGUGUACGUGGACUACCCCGGCGCGGAGUCCCUGCGCCAGAUUUACGGCACGUUCAACCGCGCCAUCCUGCGCAUGCACCCGUCGCUCGAGCGCUACGCGGACAACCUGACGGACGCCAUGGUGUCCUUCUACUCGCAGUCGCAGCGGCGGUUCACGGCGGACGUGCAGCCGCACUACAUCUACUCCCCGCGCGAGAUGACGCGCUGGGUGAAGGGCGUGGCGGAGGCCAUCACCCCGCUCGCCCGCAGCGGCACCCCGCUGGACCUGAACGGGCUGGUGCGCGUGUGGGCGCACGAGGCGCUGCGGCUGUUCCAGGACCGCCUGGUCGGCGACGACGAGCGGCAGUGGACGGACGAGAAGGUGGACGACGUGGCCAAGGAGCACUUCCCCGGCAUCGACAUGCGGGCGGCGCUGCAGCGGCCCAUCCUGUUCAGCGACUGGCUCACGCACGAGUACGGCCCCGUGGAUCAGGAGGACCUGCGCGAGUUUGUGCGGGAGAAGCUCAAGUCGUUUACGGAGGAGCAGGUGGACCUGAACCUGGUGCUGUUUGACGAGGUGCUGGACCACGUGCUGCGCAUCGACCGCGUGUUCCGCCAGAACCAGGGCCACAUGCUGCUCAUUGGCGUGAGCGGGUGCGGCCGCACAACGCUGUCCCGCUUUGUGGCAUGGAUGAACCAGCUCACCGUGGUGCAGAUCAAGUCGCACAACCUGUACACGCCCGACGACUUUGAUGCGGACCUGCGCGAGCUGCUCAAGCGCUCCGGUGUGGAGGGCGAGAAGAUUGUGUUCAUCCUGGACGAGUCGAACAUCACCGACACGGCGUUCCUGGAGCGCAUGAACACGCUGCUGGCCAACGGCGAGGUGCCGGGCCUGUUUGAAGGGGACGACUUUUCCGCCCUCAUGACCAAGUGCAAGGAGGCGUCGCGCCGGCAGAACCUGCACUUGGACGACAACGAGGAGCUCUACCGCUGGUUCUCCCAGAACGUCAUGGACAACCUGCACAUUGUGUUUACCAUGUGCCCGGCGGAAGGCGGCAUGCAGGACCGGGCGACCACCUCGCCCGCCCUCUUCAACCGCUGCGUGCUGGACUGGUUUGGCGACUGGCCCGACUCUGCGCUGUUCCGCGUGGCGGCCGAGCUCUCCGCGCAGGUGCCGCUCGCCAAGCCGGAGUACGAGCCGCCCAUGGACUUCCCCGUGGUGGUGGACGCCCUGCAGGACGCCACGCCGUCGCACGCGGACGCCGUGCACAACGCGGCCGUGUUUGUGCACAAGACGGCCAAGGCGGCUGCGCGGCAGCUGCUGAAGCAGGAGGGCCGCUCCACGGACAUCACGCCGCGCCACUUCCUGGAGUUUGUGGCGCAGCUGUCGCGCUUCCACACGGAGAAGCGCAAGGACCUGGAGGCGCAGAAGAGCCACCUGCUGAACGGCGUGACGAAGAUUGACGAGACGCGGGACACGGUCGCGGAGCUGCAGGUGACGCUGGCGGAGAAGAAGCAGCAGCUGGAGGCCAAGUCCAAGGCGGCCAAGGAGAAGCUGGACCUGAUGCUGAGCAAGAAGCAGGCGGCCAACGCCAAGCGCGAGGAGUCGCUGAACAUCGACAAGGAGCUGCAGGCGAAGCAGGAGCAGGCGGACGCGCGCAAGGCCGAGGUGGAGGCCGAGCUGGCGGCGGUUGCGCCCGCUGUUGAGGAAGCCAAGGCGGCCGUCAAGGGCAUCAAGAAGCGCGACCUGCAGGAGAUUCGCACGCUGGCCAAGCCGCCGCAGGCGGUGCAGGUGGCGCUGGAGGGCGUGGUGACGCUGCUGGGCAAGCACACGACCGACUGGAAGAAGAUCCGCAGCAUCAUCGCCCAGGACCACUUCACCUCGGACGUGAUGAACUUUGACUCCAACUCCAUCACCAGCAAGAUUAUGGGCAAGAUGGAGAGCUCGUACCUGACCAACGAGCUGUUUACGUUUGAGAAGGCCAACCGCGCCAGCAAGGCCGCAGGCCCGCUGGUCAAGUGGGCCAACGCGCAGAUGGCGUACGCAAAGCAGCUGCUGAAGGUGGAGCCGCUCAACAACGAGCUGCGGCAGCUGGAGGAGGAGUCGAUGGCCAUGCGGGAGCAGCAGGACGCGCUGCAGGUGCUGGUGGCGGAGCUCGAGGAGACCAUCAAGACGUACGAGGCGGAGUACGCCGUCCUCAUCAGCGAGCAGGAGGCCAUCAAGAACGACCUCACCACGGUGUCGGACAAGGUGUCGCGCAGCGAGAAGCUGCUGGAGAACCUGGCCAGCGAGAAGGACCGCUGGACGACGAGCGCCGCCGACUUUGACGCACAAAUGUCCACCAUCAUCGGCGACUGCCUCAUCAGCGCGGCGUUUGUUGGAUACGCGGGCUAUUUUGACCAGAGCUACCGCAGCGCCCUCCUCGCGCGUUGGAUCACGCACCUGUCCAAGGCGCGCAUCGAGUUCAAGCCGGGGGUCGAGGACGGCAUCCCGGAGUACCUGUCCUCCCCGGACGACCGGCUGCGCUGGAAGACAAACGCGCUGCCGGAGGACGAGCUGUGUUCGCAGAACGCGGUGAUGCUGAGCCGCAGCAUCCGCACGCCGCUGGUGAUUGACCCGGCGGGGCAGGCGGCUGAGUUUAUCAUGCGCGAGUACAACGCGGACAACAAGAUGGUGGUGACGUCGUUCCUGGACCCCGUGAAGCUGCGCAAGGACGUGGAGAGCGCCAUCCGGUUUGGCACGGACCUGCUGAUCCAGGACGCGGAGAAGUUUGAUGCGCUGCUGAACCCGAUCCUGACCAACGACGUGCAGCGCAAGGGCGGCCGCAUCAUGAUCAACCUGGCUGGCAAGGACAUUGACCUCUCGCCCACCUUCUCCAUGAAGCUCAUCACGAAGAACCCGGCGGUGCAGUUCCCCAUGGACAUUUGCAGCCGCGUCACGCUCAUCAACUUCACCGUCACGCCCGGGUCGCUGCAGACGCAGUGCCUGAACCAGGCGCUGCGGUACGAGCGGCCGGACGUUGACGAGCAGCGCACAGACCUGCUGCGGCAGCAGGGCGAGUUUAGGCUGGAGCUGCUCAACCUGGAGAACCAGCUGUUGGACGCGCUGAACAAGGCGGAGGGCAGCAUCCUGGACGACGACAAGGUCAUCACGCACCUGGAGAAGCUGAAGAACCGCGCCAUGGAGGUGCAGGCCAAGGUGGACGAGACAGACACGGUGAUGGCGACGGUGGAGAAGACGAGCCGCAUGUACCAGCCGCUGGCGCAGCGCUGCAGCUCCAUUUACUUCACGUUGCAGCAGAUGGCGCACAUGCACUUUCUCUACCAGUACUCGCUGCGCUUCUUCCUGGACAUUUUCCUGGAGACGCUGCAGGCGAACCCGCGGCUGGAGGGCCUGACAGACCACGACGAGCGGCUGCGCGUGAUCAAUGACAGCCUGUUCCAGUUUGUGUACGAGCGCGUUGCACCAGGCAUGAUGCACGAGCACCGCCUGCCACUUGCACUGACGUUUGCGCGCUUCCGCGUGGAGGGCACGGACGACCAGCUGCCGGAGAAGGACCUGCGCUACUUCCUCUCUGGCGGCGGCGUGCUGCUGGGCAAGUCCGACUUUGCCUUCCUGGUGCCGAGCGCGGCCACGGAGGAGCAGGCCAACGCGCUGCACCAGCUGCGCGACAACGUGCCGGCGUUUGGAGACCUCCUGGCGGAGAUCAAGGGCCACCAGGGUGAGUUUGCGCACUGGAUAGCGCUGGCGCGGCCGGAGCUUGAGCUGCCCAAGUUUGUGUCUGCGCUGCACAGCGACGCGCCGCAGUCUGUGCCGUACCGGCUGCUGCGGGAGCUGCUGUUCCUGCAGGCCGCACGACCAGACCGCUUGCUGGCGCACAUGCACGUGUUUGUGGAGCACAUUCUGGGCAAGGGCUUUGCCAGCUCCUCGUCGGAGGCCGAUCUGCAGCAUGUGGUGACCACGGAGAUCAAGGCGAGCGUGCCUGUGCUCCUGUGUGGUGUCAAGGGCUUUGACACCUCCGUCAAGGUUGACGACUGCGCCGCUGCCGCUGGAAAGGACAUUCUGCCCAUUGCCGUCGGCAGUGCUGACGCGCGACGGGAGGCGAUUGCUGCUGUGACGGCGGGCAUCUCCUCCGGCCGCUGGGUCAUGCUGAAGAACGUGCACCUCGCGCCAGACUUGCUGACCGUGGUUGAGAAGAAGCUUACGUCCACAACGCCGCACCCGGACUUCCGCCUCUUCCUCACCUCGGAGAUCAGCCCCAAGCUGCCCAUCAACAUGAUCCGCGCUGCCCGCGUGUUCCUGUACGAGGCCGCGGCGGGCGUGAAGGCGUCGGUCAAGCGAACGCUACUCAACUUCCACGACCGCGUCGACGCCGCCCCCAAGCAGCGCGGCAUGGUGUACCUGCUGCUGGCCUGGUUCCACGCCGUGACGCAGGAGCGCCUGCGGUAUGCGCCGCUCGGCUGGUCGAAGCGCUACGAGUUUGGCGAGCCGGACCUGCGCACCUCCGCUGACACCAUCGACAAGUGGAUUGAUCGCACCUCCAACGGACAGGCAAGCGUGGAUGCGGCGGACCUGCCGUGGGAGGCGAUGCGGACGCUGCUGUCCAAGUCUGUGUACGGCGGUCGCAUCGAUAACGAGAUUGACCAGCGCCUCCUCGAUGCCUUUGUCGACCAGUUCUUUACACAGAAGAGCUUCUCUCCCAAGUUCUGCUUUGUGGAGGCGGGCAAGGACUCGAACGUGUCUGCCAUCAAGCCGCCAAAGGGGACCACACGCACGGAGCUGCUGCACUGGGCCGAUUCGCUGCCGGAUGGACAGCUGCCGACGUGGCUCGGUCUCCCCGCCAACGCAGAGGUUGUUCUCCUCACCAACCGUGCCAAGAUGCUCACAGUAAACACCAUGAAGCUCCAGACGACGACAGACGUGACUGCGGACCUUGGCGAGCUUGCCGAUGAAGGCGCAGCAUCAACGGCUGCGUGGAUGCGGCAGUUGCAGGAGCAGGCCAACCAGUGGCUGGGCAUCUUGCCCACCACGCUGCACAACCUCAAGCGCACAGAGGCGUCUAUCAAGGACCCGAUGUUCCGUUUCUACGAGCGCGAGACGACCAUUGGCGUGAGCCUGCUCAAGCAAGUGCGCACAGACUUGCAGAACGUCAUCCAGUGCUGCGAGGGCGAAAUCAAGCAGACCAACCACAUGAGAAACCUCAUGCACACCCUCGUACAAGGCACGGUGUACAAGACGUGGCUCCGCUACAAGGUGCCUGAGGGCAUGCCCGUGACGCUGUGGAUUGCCGACUUCUCCCUGCGCGUGAAGCAGCUGCAUGAGAUUGCGCAACACAUGGAGCGCGGCGCGUCCCUGGACUCCUUCCGCGUGUGGAUUGGCGGCCUGUUUGUGCCAGAGGCGUUUAUCACCGCAACGCGCCAGGCCGUUGCGCAGCGCAACAGCUGGCCGCUCGAAGCACUCACCCUUGCGCUGGAUGUGCGCGCGUCGGAGAAGGACGUGCCGAGCGAUGUUGAAAACAGCUUCUUUGUGACGGCCCUGCGGAUCGAGGGCGCGGCGUGCAAGAACCGCACCGUGCAUCUUGAGGAGACGCCGUUCACCAACCACGCGCUCACGAUCGUGCGCUGGGUGUACACGAAGGAGGGCGAGACAGACCUGCCCACCUCGGUGCAGAUACCGCUGUACCUGAACGUGACGCGCGCCAACCUGAUUGCGGUGGUGCAGUUUCAGCCGCAGGGGGUGGAUGAUCCGCAGGUGUUUUACCGCCGCGGCGUUGCCCUCAUGUGCUCCUCGCUCACAGGCGUCGUUGCCUAGCGUGCGUGUGUGUGGGUGUGGGUGUGGGUGUGGGUGUGUGGGUGUGUGGGUGUUAGCUGAAAGGUUUGUGUGUUUACUGGUUUGACAUGGUUGUGUUGUGGUUGAGUUGUUUGACAACCUGGGUGUUUGUUGGGAGUUUCAAAACAGCCAGUUGGCGCAGUUACUGUGAACCCUAGGCUGUGUCGUUUCCUUCUCUUCACCCCACACACGGCUGGUGUGUGAUGAGUUUCCCAUGUGUUGUGCAUGUACUCUGAUGGCUGUGCUUUGUUGGACUUUUUGCUUUGUGUUCGUAAUCAGCGAGAGAAAGAGAAAGCACACAACACAAAAACAGGAACGGCAAGCUUCACACAUGUAAACACGGAGGGGGGG